CGCAAGUUUCUUCAAUUUCGUUUGCUUCGCAUCGAUGUCGUGUUUGAUCGUCGAUUCUCGUCGAACACCGGUUCUAAACACGUCAAUCGGGCCUGUACGAGGAUUGGUACUACGAACUGCUUGGGAUGGAAUCAAAUAUUCGGCGUUCAAGGGAAUACCGUAUGCUGAACCACCCCUUCGUCAACUCAGAUUCAGACCACCAGUGCCCAUAGCACCAUGGAACGAAGUAUUAAACGCCUUCCAAGAGGGCAGUGUGUGCCCCCAAAGAGAUAUCAUGAGCACCAAGUUGAUGGGCCACGAAAAUUGCUUGUACCUCAACGUCUUCACUCCAGAGACAAGAUUUACGAGGCUGUCGAGACGGAGACCCGUUAUGGUGUGGAUACACGGUGGCGCCUAUCGAUCAGGCUUCAGCAACUCGUCCUUUUAUGGACCUGAUUUCUUCAUUGAGGAAGAUCUUGUUUUCGUCAGCUUUAAUUAUCGCCUGGGACCUCUCGGGUUUUUGACCCUGAAGCACCCGAACGCGACAGGGAACGCAGGUUUGAAGGACCAGAACCUGGUGCUGAGGUGGGUGAAAAGCAACAUCGCCACAUUUGGUGGUGAUCCAAGUCAGGUAACGAUUUUCGGAGAAAGUGCUGGGAGCACAGCUGUGGGCUUUCACAUGUUAUCGAAGCAGUCGAGAGGUCUGUUUCUACGAUCGAUUAGCAUGAGCGGAACACCAUUAUGCCCGUGGGCAUACCACCCACCGGAGAAUAUCAUUGCGAACGCUCAUUAUGUUGCUGCCACCCUUGACUUCGCGCCGAAGAACAAGGAUGACCUGUUGAACUUCCUUCAACGGGCCCCUGCGAUGGAUCUUGUGGAUGCUGGAGGGAUAAUAGGACUGGAUUUCCUUCCCUUUCGACCAACAGUAGAAGAUCCAAAAAUCAACAAAAACGCCUUCUUGACAGAGUGUCCUAUAACACAAUACUCCAACGGGAAUUUUUAUAAACAUUCCAUGAUGAUGGGAUACACCCGUGACGAGGUGGUUUUGUUUCUAGGUCCGACCAUCACACCGAUCGGUAUAGGCAACAUGAUUGAUUGGGCUAAAAAGUAUGUGAGCAGCAUGACCGAACAUCAUGAACGCAUGACUGCUGACCCGUUAAAUCGCUUAGCGUUGUUGGUAGAAAAAAUUUAUAACUCUACGUACGCCGAAGGUGUGAAGAUCGCGAAUGAUAUUUUCUUUAGUGGUCCUAUUGAUUUGACUCAGAGAUUAUUGGCAAGGAGUAAUGAGGAACAUCCGAUUUAUUAUUAUCGACUGUCGUAUCAGACUCAGCAUUCUAUGCAUAAGAUGUAUGAUAAUCCGCUGAAUGUGUUAGAUUACCACCUGUUAGAGAUUACUGCACACUAG